CGCACGGCCUCGGGCAAGUCCCACCACGUUAACUUUGCAAUUUCUGCCCCACCCGGCAAGCUCAAAACCGAGUCACGACCUUGACGGUUCGCAGUUGAUGCGGCUUUGCAGCCAGCGCAACAGCUCACAGUUCAAGAUGGCGACAAUGACGGUAACCGCGACGACGACAACGACGACGACUCGCAAGAAGGACGCAUCCAACCUUCCGCCCGAGAACGAGCGAUUCCUGCGAUGCUGCGCCGACAUCGCCAGCGCCCUGAUCGAAGACCAUGAAGCCGCCAAAGACCCGACCCAUCCCCAGAAGGACAUCAACCUCAACACGCUGCGGUCCAAGCUCGCAAAGAAGCACAGGAUCGCCAGCGUGCCGCCCCUGACCGCCAUCAUCGCCGCUGUGCCUGAGCACUACAAGAAGUACAUCCUGCCGAGGCUCAUUGCGAAGCCCAUCCGGACUUCCUCGGGUAUCGCCGUCGUCGCCGUCAUGUGCAAGCCUCACCGAUGCCCCCAUAUCGCCUACACCGGCAACAUCUGCGUGUACUGCCCUGGAGGACCCGACUCGGACUUUGAAUACAGUACCCAGUCUUAUACCGGUUACGAACCAACAUCGAUGCGUGCUAUCCGUGCCCGAUACGACGCCUUCGAGCAGGCCCGCGGCCGCGUCGAUCAGCUCAAGGCUCUUGGACACUCGGUGGACAAGGUGGAAUAUAUUGUGAUGGGGGGAACCUUCAUGUCGCUCCCCGAGUCGUACAGGGACGAGUUCAUCUCUCAGCUGCACAACGCGCUGAGUGGGUACGGGACGCUGGACGUGGACGAGGCCGUCCGCGGUGGCGAACAGAGCAACAUCAAGUGCGUGGGCAUCACCAUAGAGACGCGGCCGGACUACUGCCUUCAACCCCAUCUGUCGAGCAUGCUGCGGUACGGGUGCACCCGCCUCGAGAUCGGCGUCCAGUCGCUGUAUGAGGAUGUUGCACGCGAUACCAACCGCGGGCACACGGUUGCCUCGGUCGCCGAGACGUUCUGCCUCGCAAAGGACGCCGGCUUCAAGGUUGUCAGCCACAUGAUGCCGGAUCUGCCCAACGUCGGCAUGGAGCGCGACCUGGACCAGUUCCGCGAGUAUUUUGAGAACCCGGCCUUCCGGACCGACGGUCUCAAGAUCUACCCCACGCUAGUUAUCCGCGGGACUGGUCUCUACGAGCUCUGGCGGACGGGGCGGUACCAGAACUAUACGCCCAACGCGCUCGUAGACCUGGUGGCGCGGAUCCUGGCGCUUGUGCCGCCGUGGACUCGAAUCUACCGCGUGCAGCGCGACAUCCCCAUGCCGCUGGUGACGUCGGGCGUCGAGAACGGCAACCUCCGCGAGCUCUCGCUAGCGCGCAUGAAGGACUUUGGCACGACGUGCCGCGACGUGCGCACGCGCGAGGUCGGCGUCAACGAGGUCAAGCACAAGAUCCGGCCGAACCAGAUCGAGCUGGUUCGGCGCGACUACGCGGCCAACGGCGGCUGGGAGACGUUCCUGGCGUACGAGGACCCCAAGCAGGACAUUCUGGUCGCACUGCUCCGCCUCCGCAAGUGCUCCGAGAAGUACACGUUCCGCGAGGAGCUCAAGGGCCAGCCCACCAGCCUCGUGCGUGAGCUGCACGUCUACGGCAUGGCUGUUCCCGUCCACGCCAGAGACCCCCGCAAGUUCCAGCACCAGGGCUUCGGCACCCUCCUCAUGGAGGAGGCCGAGCGCAUCGCCCGCGACGAGCACGGCAGCGAAAAGAUCAGCGUCAUCUCGGGCGUCGGAGUCCGCAGCUACUACAGGAAGCUCGGCUACUGGCUCGACGGCCCUUACAUGUCCAAGCAUUUGGACGGGAGGCCCGGACCCGAAGAGUGACCUAUCAUGGGGUGGCGGGGUGGGCACUGAUGCAUGCAUGUCGAGGCGUUUUUAUGGUUUGCAUCCAGGGAUUGCUUGGUAUCGGGGGAAUUCACUGGAUCAGAAAAUUCGCUUUUUGGAAGGGCGGCGUUGGCGGGGGUUGCAUGCUCGUUAUAUACAUGGACACACGCACAUGGAUCUGUCGUAUCUAGAAAGGAAAGAAACACGGAUGUCUAAAGAAUCACGGAUGUCUAAAGAAUCACGGAUGUCU